AUGGUGGAGCAAGAGCUGCGUCUCUGGCAGGAAGAGGACUGGCAGGAGAGGCUGCGCAAGCGGCUGACGGCGGUUCCAGGUCUUUGUGUGCUGGACUUAGCGGAGGGCAACAUCCUCUCCUACUCUCAGGGAGACUGGGGUUUGGUUGAAAAGGACGUACACGCUGCCUUUUCCGAGAAACUUGCUCAACGAAUUCUUGCAUGCUUCAAGGAGGAAGUGCAGACUUGUCUGGCGGUGCGUAGGGAGCUCAUCAACUUCAAGAAGCUUUGUUUGCAUCUUUGGCAGACUGCAACUGGUCUGGAGAAGGACCUUCGACAACUCGCGAGUUUCUAUUAUUCUCGUGUCGCCGAUGCUGAUGCACAAGAGAAAGCGCAGGCAAAGGCCGCAAUCUCAACACCGAAUCUGUGGACCGAAGAGGACCCAACGGAAACCAGGGAGCCUUCAUCGGCCCAGCAGAUCCCUUCGGAGGAGCCGCCGCCUCUUUCGGCACAGUGGAGGCAUCGGUACAUUGGGAUCUCCAAUGCACUGAAUGACUGCCGCGGUGCCGUCGCGGCAGUCUUCGAUGCAAGGCAUUUCAGCAAAGCCAUCUGUGCUUUGCCGCGACACCCAGCAAGUGGAGUGCCGUGGAAAUUUGAAGCUUUGCCAGAAAGCCUCGAGCUUUGGAAGGUGGUAGAACAGGCCCGGUUCUUUCUGGCAAACUACAAGGCUUUCGACGCCUACUUCGCGGCCAUGCACGGUGAAACUCAGAGCUCCAGCUCGGAGCCGGCAAAGCCUGGCAAAUUGCAAAGGGUCUGGCGCUCCGAGCGGGACCUCGUCGAGUCGGAGCUAGGCUCUGGUGGGCUCAAGAAGCUCCUUGAAGCUCUCGAGGAACUCCAGCUGCCAGCGAACGCCCUGCACUACUUGGAGCUCGUGCUGAUUGCUCGCGGGGCCGUCAAG